CUGUCGCCGUCCGACUCGUGCUUAAAUUUAGUUGAGUUUCGGUACCGCAUCGGGCUACACUCGUGACCGCGCAACACCAAUCCUGCACCGAUCGAACAGCGCGCGAGUGGCCAAGAAUCCCCAAUCCAUCCUUCCGAGCUGACCGAGUAUGCACCAAACGACAUAAAAGAAAAGUCCCCCCCUUCGAAAAAAAGAGAACGAGAGAGAGAGAGCGAGAGAGCGAGGAAUCCGAAAGCAAUCCGAGACGAUCGAGAGCCGAGUUCGAAGGGAGUUACAGUGUAAGCGGGCAGUAGUUAGUAGUAACCCCCUGCCCUGUCUAUCGAUCAUCUGCGUAAGCAAAAGUAGUAGCAGCAGUGAGCUGAGUGUGAGAUAGUGUGCGUUUGCAGUACAGCGUGAAGAAAAAAGGAUACCCACUAUUCUCAAAUUUCACAAAUUAGCGCACAAUCCCAAUUUUGCGCAACAACCCAGUGGUGCGUGUGGCGUCGUGGUGGUGCGUCAAGGGAUUUCAUGUUCCAUGCGUCGAAGAUCCGAAAAUCUUGCCAGUGAAUCUCGCGCGCGACGAUCACGAACGGGGUGACACGACGAGGAGUGGUGGUGGUAGUGGUCAAACCCUCCUCUUCCUCCCAAGAAAAAAAAAACAAGAGAAGAGAAGAAGAUAUUGGGAGCUUAGUUUAUUUUUGCCCGCAUUAUGACUCGUUGUUCCGCUGCCGAGGAAAGGAAAACCAACAGAAAAUAAAGGGGUGUGAGUGUGCGAUCGUGAGUGUAAGUGAAUGAAACUUGAAAUGUCUGUCCAUUAUUGGUGCGCUGCUAAAUCAUUAUCGUGCUGCCAUAGCGCCGCCGCCAUCAUCGUGUAAAGGCUGCAAACCCCCACAACCAGUGCGGCCAACCAGCCAGCCAGCCAGAGUGAGAGUGAGAGAAAAGCUGGAGCUAUAAUUAUAAAAGCGUUUAGGAGUUACCGUUGAAUGAGCCGCUACCACCAUGUCGCACCUCUUCCCAAGCGCCAAGGGUGAUCAGUUGUGUCCGCUUGGUUUCCAUCCGCAAGUGCGCUGGCCGACGCGAUGUAAGCGCUGCUUUCGCGACUACAAAGAGCACGGCAACAAGCGGAAUGGGGACGAUAUAGCCGCUUCCACGCCGGUGCUGCCCGGCUCAACACAGUCACGUAAUCGUGACAGUGGCAGUAGCACCACACUGGACAAACCGGUCCGAAGCUGGACCUCGACACAGAACCUGCUCAGCCCGGGCGGUAGCAAUGGCGGCAGUGGUGCCGGUGGUUCCCAGAGCUUCCAGCAGCGUCCUGCCUCGUGGGCCUCAACGCCCGACCUGGACAACAUUCUGCAGACGGUGAAGGCCGACUUUACGGUCAACUUGCCGCUGCCCAGACGGCGACACACGACAACAUUCGACAAUCUGGAUGAAGUUGAUUCGACAACGGUGACCAUUAAACGGCCCCCGCUGCCACCAAUUCUGAAGGUGGAAAGUGUGAAAAAGGAGGACAAGGUCGAGCUGCAAAAGCGCGAAGACAGUGUGGCGGAUAUUGUGAUCGAGAAGGGCGACUCGUUGGCGGAACGGGUGCGCAAGCUGAAUCUCAUAAAGCGGCAGGGCAGUAUAGAGCGGGAAACGAGCAGAGAGCGCUCGGUGCCACCGAAGCAGGAGAAGGAAGAGCCACCGGUCGUUACGGCGAAGGUGGUCCUAAAGCCAUCCCUCAAAGCAGAGCCGGAAACGGUAGAGAAGAUCGAACGACGAAGACGUAGACCCAUUCCAGACACACCCGAUUCCAGUGUCACCAGUUCCUCAUCCUCAUCCUCUUCCUCCUCCUCCGCGAAUACCUCCUCCAAGGUAAGCGCAAGCAGUGCUGCCAAACCCUCGGUAACGUUCGCCAGCACAACACAGCCAAGUGCCGCCUCGUCAGGCAAGGAAUCGCACACAAGUGAGUCAACUGCCACGACCCCAACUAAAACCAUCAUCCGAAGGCGACGCACCGACGAAUCCUCCACACCGUCAGCGUCAUCAUCGUCUUCCACGUCCACCUCCACUUCAACGUCAACCUCAAAGGCGACGCUAACCCAAUCAAGCCCCACGAUAGCGUCCUUCCAACCCAAGAGCACCAUUCGCCCCGCCAGCGAACCGCAGGUCCCGAGUACCAGCAGCGAUGACGUCAAGUUUCUCAUCUCGAUCAAAGACAAGAAAGCGAAAGCAGACGACGAGCGGUCAAUCACGACCGAAACGACCGAAACGACGGAAGCGACCAUCGUGGACCACACCGAUCUGCGCGAGCUGCAGGAGGAGAACGAAAGUCUGAGGCGCGAGCUGGACACGGUCAAGGCACGGGCGGAGCGGGCCGAGCGGGACAAGAGCGACAUACUGCUGCGGCGGCUCGCCUCGAUCGACACCGUGUCGAACAAGACGGCCGCAUCGGAGGCGCUGAAGCUGCAGCAGAAGGUGAACGAGCAGAAGCAGCUGAUCGACGAUCUGCAGGACGAGAAGAAGUUCCUCACCACCAAGCUGAAGGAGCUGUCGGCGGACAUGAGCGCCCGGGGCGGCCGGGGCAUCGAGGAGCAGCUGCGCCAGAAGCUCGAGCAGGCGGAAACGCUCUGCGAGGAGCUGAUGGACGAGAAUGAGGAGAUCAAGCGCGAGCUGCGCAACAUGGAGACGGAGAUCGAGGAGAUGCACGACAACUUCCGGGAGGAGCAGGCGGACGAGUACGCGUCGCUGAAGAAGGAGCUCGACCAGACGACCAAGAACUGCCGGAUACUGUCGUUCAAGCUGAAGAAGUCGGACCGCCGGAUCGAGCAGCUCGAGUCGGAGAAGGCGGCGCUGGGGGCGAGCGGUGAUCUGGCGGCGAAGAUUAAGCAGCUCGAGGACGAGCUGAAGGUGUCGAACGAGGUGGCCCGCCGGCUGCAGGCGGAGCUGGAAAGCUCGGGCACGGCGCCGACCUCGCCGACGAAGCGUACGCCAAGCCUGGGCAACAUUGGCAAGUCGACGUCGGCGGACAGUAAGAUGUCGCGGGCUUCCCUUACGCGCGGCGGCUCGCAGGAAGAUCCGGCCCAGCUGCUGCGCGAUCUGCAGGACUCGCUCGAGCGGGAGGCGGACCUGCGGGAGCAGCUGAAGUACGCGGAAGAGGAGGCGGAAAAUCUGCGCCGCAAAUCGUCGCGCGUCGAGGACGAGAACGAUUCGCUGGUGAUGCAGCUGAAGAAGAUGGCAACGAAGGCGAAGACAAAGAGCAGCAUCUUCUCGAAGGCAAGAAAGCUGAGCCCCGCUCCCACGUCACGCUCCAACGCCGAUCCAGCUCCGGUUGAAAAGGACGAAGGCAUCUCCGACGAGGAGGAUCCGGCCGAGUUACGCCUCCAGCUGGAGCUGAACGAGCAGGAAAUGGCGGUGUUGCGGCGCAAGAUGGAGGAGCUGGAGCACGAGAACAAACACGCCCGGGAACAAAUCAAGGAUCUGCAGGAGAAUCUCGCCACGAAAACGAAGGAGCUGGGCCGUAAGGUGCCAUCCGCGCUGGGCAGCAAGUCCGGUGUGAAGGAUCCGCUGGAGGAGAAGAAGAUCACCGUGAUGGAGGACGAGAUCAGCGAGCUGCGCAAGAAGUUGAUCGAGAAGGAUCGCGAGUUUGAGCGGUUGCAGGCGGAGAUGGCGCUGGCCAAAUCGAAGGGCGGUAAAUCGCUGUCCAAAACGAAAUCACUUGAUGCACUCACCGAACAGCAGGUACAGGACCUGAAGCGACAGCUGCAGGUGAUCGAGCAGGAGGCGACGGUACUGCGCGCCAAAACGCAAAGCCUCGAGCAGGACAAUGAAAAGUAUCAGGGCGAGAUCAAGAAGCUACAGGCCAAGGCUAAGCCAGCCGGGGCAACAUCGGCGGCAGACACGAAGAAGCUGACCGACUCCAUCGAGCAGCUGGAGAAGGAGAAGCAGGAGCUCGAGGGACGACUGAAGCGCAUUGUGCAGGAGUCUACCAGCCAAUUGCCGAUGCGUCUGGCGAAGAGCCCGACCGAUAUGCAUACUAAGCUGCAGCUGAGGAAAAUGGUUGAAGACAGUGAAUUGGAAAUCGACGAGCUGAGAGCGUUGGUUAGUAAAGCCGGUGCAAUGAACAUAGCCACGCUCGAGAAGGAAAAGAAGCGACUCGAAGCGGAGCUGACCGCAACGAAGCAACAGCAAGAGAAACUAACCACCGAACUAAGCACACUGAAGAAGGAAACGCUUGAGCAGCAAACAUCCAAGCUGAACGAGGCACAGCGAACGGUGGAGAGGUUGGAGGAUGAAAACCGAAAGCAGAAUGACAAGAUCAAAACUCUCGAAGAUAAAAUCACCAGAGUUAAUACAACAAUGAAAACGGCAGAAUCGAGCAAAUCGUUGCUCGAGAUACAGCUGAAGGCCGAAAAGGAGAAGCACACGGGCACCGAGCGUGAUCUCGAGAAGUUGCGCAAGGAAAAGAUUAAGCUGGACAAUCGCAUCAACGAUCUGGAGAAGGAGCUGCAGCUUUCCAAGAAGAAUGCCGAACUCAUCAAGGAAAGCCUCGAGCGGGAAAUGGCGACACUGAAGAGCAAAUCGGCCACCGGAGCAGAGGAUAGUGAAUCGUCCAAGAUUCUGCAGGAUCUUAAGAAACAAAAUGAAGAACUAACAACCGAGAUCCACCAGCAGAGCAGAAAAUUCGAAGAGCUGCUACAAAAGCACGAAACCAUGGAGGAGGAACAUCUCGUCACCCAGGCACAGCUAGCGGCGGAGCGUGAAAAGUUGCAGGAGCUGGACAAGCUGAAGAACAAGCUGCUCCAGGCGGAGGCGAUCGAAACGAGGCUGGUGAAGGAAAACACCAACAUGAGCCGCCGGUUGGUGGAGGUGCAGAAGAAGCUGACCGCUGCCGAAACGAACAACGACAGCCGGUACGCCAGCAUCGAGCUGGAGAAGAAUCGCAUGAAGACAGCGCUGGAGGACAAGCAGCAUGACUACGAGAAGCUGGCGAAGGAAAACGAGAUGAACGCGUACCAAGUGAACCAGCUGAAAAAAGACAACGAAGAUCUUCGUGGCAAACUGGAUGACUAUGAGCGCAUCAACAAGGCUCAGAGGACGCUUAGCGAGCAUAACGCUCACUUGGAGCAGGAGCUGAAGAGUGUCUACACUAAGCUGGAAGCGUCGGAGAUGAACGUAAAAUCCGAGGUGGCAGCGACUCGGCUCCGCUACGAGCAGCAGGUCACCAAUCUGCACAACGAGCUGACCGCAAUGCAGCGACAGUGCGAACGGUUUAAGCGCGAUCGCGACACGUUCAAGCAGCUGGUCGAGGCCGCGCAGAAGCAGAUCGGCGACAUGAAGGCAAACCGGCGCAGUCUUGCAUCCGUCACGAGCAGCAGCGGGGACGAUGAUGACAAGACGAAGAUAGUGGCACUCGAGCAACAGAUCGGGUGUCUCGAGGACGAGCUGAGCGAGGCACGUCUCGAAGCGAGCAAGGUACGCACCGAGCUCGUUUCGGAGCUGAGCGCAUCCGAGAUCAAGAUUUCGGAGAUGCAGUCCAAGAUUAACGAGCUGGAGGAGGAGAAGAUUAUGGGUAGCGGCAAAUCGAAGGUCCCGGGUACCAAGACCCGCCUCGAGCUGUCCUGGCAGAAGGAACGGGAAGAGCUGCAGCGAUUGGUGCAGGAAACGUCCACGCUGGCACGCGAUCUUCGCCAAACGCUGUUCGAGGUGGAGCGCGAGCGGGACAAGGAGAAGCUCGAAUCGAAGCGCAAGAUUGAGCAAAUCAAAAAGACAACUGAGGAGGAGAUCGAGGAGGGCCGCCGCAAGGUGACGGAGCUGCAGAGCGAUCUGCUCGAGCUGCGCGAUGCGCACGCGAAGUUGCGCACCGCGAACGAGAAGCUGCGCCGGGAUCGUGAUCGUUACGAGCGCGAGCGGCAGGAUGCGACCCGCAAGCGGCUGGAGGCGGAGGGUGACCGACGGAUAGGGGCGCUGCUGCAGACGGUGGACGAGCUGGUGAAACUGGCACCGGAGCUGCAGAAGGUUGCGCCCGCCAAGGAUUCCCACACGACAAGCACUGGAAAGACCAUCACAGCUAAUGCACCCAUUCCAACGCCGCCGAUGCGUCACAAGAGCCCCUCGCCGGGGCCGGGUGGAGCCGCGCAGCCGCCACAGCAGUCGAUUUCUACAGUAUUAGCCAGGCUGGCCGAUGCGUCCGAAGAUCUGCGGCGUUACCAGCGCAUGUGCGACGAGGAAAAAGACAGGGAACGGGCACGCCGCGGUGGAAUGCGACGUGCUGCAUCGCAGGAGAACGACGCAAUGCAUGAGAACGUCCCUGGGCGGCCUGUGAUGCGGGUGAACCGUAACGGUGGCAGCCUGUACAGGAAGAGUCUUUCGUUGGAUCAAUCCAUGCAAGCUGAGCAGCAGGGGCUUAUCUGGAAGGAAGGUGACGAUAGUAUGUCGUCGCUGCAAUCGAUCGACUCCGACUAUGGCAUGAUGCGCCGGGACUCCAGUCUGGACUCGCGCCUAUCGACCGGUUCCACCCAGAGCGAUAUGCCACGCAUGCGCAAGAAGAAGCGCGGCAUUAUGGGGACGCUGCGCAGCCUCAGCCUUACCCGUAGCAAGGGCACGGAGAGUGACUAUUCGCAUCAAGGAUCCGAUUCCGACCUGAGUCUGGCGGGAGAUAUUCGGUCGAGCAAAAGCAAUCUGAAGGGAAAAAUAUCGGGCAUGUUCCGUCGGGCGGGAUCAUCUUCCCGCACCAACAGUGCCGAGGCGAUCGAUCGCGAAGUACAACGACCGGUUGCAAUCCAGACGCUCGGCAAUGGUCCUACAUCGACUGUGCCGCCAAGGCCCGUGUCUGCUAGUACACCGCAUUUAGCUAGAGCUGGCAAACCUCCCACACCGUCCAUGGCAACGGCGCAACGAAAGCGGCUCAGUGCUAACCUUCCACCAACGGGACAGUCGUCGGGCGGAGGAGGUUAAGGAAGGCAACAUGCACGGCAACAUGCGGCUCUACUGGCUGAGGCUGAGGAAAUUAAGACGGACAAUGUUUUGUGACAUAAAUUCGAUUCGAAUCAUUGUCGAUCUCUCCAUCAUAUCCGUACACGUUCACACACACACUCACUCACACUCUCACACACUAACGAGUUAAAUGCAAACGUCCGUGUCUAUCGUUUAAUAGUGGAGUAAAAGUGCACUUUUUUUUAAAUUGUUCAUCGUGAUACUGUUGAUAGCGAGAAUGAAACAACCGAGAGCAAUUGUUUAAAUGAAAAAUAAAAAUAAUGUUCCACUUGCUGUUUUACGGUGGGUUGUUUCUUAAUGUGUAUAAGUUUUUGGUAAAAAUAAAAGGCACGUUAUUGAAGAAA